CCUAUGAAUGAUGGUAUCACUCAUAAUAUGUAAUUCCAAUUUUGUAGUAUAUCCAGAAAAUUAUAAAUAUUACUGGAAUCGGUACCGAAAAUGUUGCAGAAUUUUGUAAAAAUUGGUUGGCUACCAAGUCGCAAAUAUACUGCAAAAGCGAAACGCAUUGUAUUAACACAGGAUAAAUCAAAGAUUUUGACUUAUACGCCUAAGGUAUCGGAUCCCAAACAGCGUCGUGUUUAUGCUUGGGGAUUUCAAGAGACUGGAGCGUUGGGUCUACAAACCAACAUUAAAAAGGCCAAGGAGCGCUACACAGAAAUGGUACAUCAUCCAACUAGAAUGCAGUUCUCGGUUAACACAGAUGUUACUGAUAUUGUGGCCGGAUAUGGAUUUUCUGCUUUCGCUGUGCAGCGUUCAGAUGGUCAAACUCUUUUCGGCACUGGCUUAAAUACUGAUUCGCAGUUGGGAUUUCAGGUGAAAGGCAAUGCUAAAGAUCCGAAGAAAUUGGAUGUUUUAAUUUACCCUACAGCUAUAAACCUGCCACGGCUCGAACAUGAAAAUGAUGAAGAUAUGCAGGUGCGCUGUAUGUCUGCUGGUCGUGCACAUUUGGUUGUAGUAGCCCAUAAUGGCACCGUUUUUACUAUGGGUAACAAUUCAUAUGGCCAGUGCGGACGGGCGGUUAUCGAAAAUGAAGACUACCGCGGUAGCGCGCUUAUACAUCGGAUACCUGAAAAAGAUAUUUGUGGAACAGAUGAUAAGAUUGUUGCUGUGGAAUGUGGACAAGAUCACACAAUGUUCCUGACUCGAUUGGGUCGUGUAUACACUUGCGGAUGGGGCGCGGAUGGGCAAACCGGAAAGGGGAACUUCGAGACAAGUGGCGAAAUCACAGUAGUCAAUGGUGACAUAGGCGGUGAGUGUAUAGUGAAGUUGGCUUGCGCGUCCGACUGUGUUUUGGCUAUAAACGACAAGGGAGAAGUGUUCGGCUGGGGUAAUUCUGAAUAUGGCCAACUAGAUGAUAAUGAAAAUGCCGAGACUCAAAUCAAUUCACCGCGUGCUCUGACGUUGACGAAAGGCGUUGGUAAGGUAAAAGAUAUAGCAGCAGGAGGAUCAUUUUGCAUGGCAUUGAAUGAAGAGGGAUUACUUUAUACUUGGGGUUACGGCAUACUCGGGUUUGGUCCCUUCGUUGAACAAACAUCAAAACCCCAGCACUUACUACUACCGUUGUUCGGGCGCAAUGAUUUUAGCGAUAAAACUCACAUAGUUUCAAUUGGAUGUGGAGUUUUUCAUAUGGGAGCAAUAAACUCCGAUGGUGAUCUUUUUAUGUGGGGUAAGAAUCGAUUCGGCCAUUUGGGUUUAGGUCAUAAAAAAGAUCAGUUUUUCCCGUUUAAAACGGCAGUAAAUGGUAAAGUAAUAAAAGUGGCUUUUGGCGUCGACCACACGUUGGCGUUAUGUAGGCCUUUUAUGUGAAUGUGAUGUGAUAUGAAUGUGAAAAAAAACUCCUCAUGAAAAAUAUCUGUCGUUCGGAGUCGGCUUGAAACUGUAGUUCCCUCCAUUUUUGGAACAACAUCAAGACGCACGCCACAAAUAGGAGAAGCUCGGCCAAACAUCCAAAAAGGGUGUACGCGCCAAUUAUAUAUGUAUAUAUGUAAUGAGUUCAACUGAAUAUGAAUAAGUUUAUGUUAUGUAGAAAGUUGUAAAUAUGAAAUCAUCUAAUAAAAGUAAAACAUAUUGGAACAAUGUGCAA